GCUAGGGGUCUGUCAAGGAAGAGUUUUCAGUGCUCCCCGGGGAGCUGAAACCUCCUUCUACUCAAAGCAAUUUGAGAAGAUACAAGGUAACUUACAAGUGGGACUCAGGAUCUCAUGGAGUGAGGGUAAAGGGGCCACUUGAAGAACCACCAGCAGCCAUCAAUGGCAGGACCCUGAUGUCCUUUUUCACCAGGUGGAGUAGAAGAAAGAGCUCCAGCAAAGAGUGACAACUUUAACUGCUGAUCAGGCCAAGGACUUCAUUUGACAGAGAAAAGCUACCUGCCCCCCUAAUUCCUCCUCCAGGGACCCCUUCUGCUAACCUUCCCUUCUCCCCCCCCCAACAUUGCACCAGGGAGAGAAAGAGGGGAAAAAAGGGAAGAGGAGAGCCACUGACCGCAGCAGAAAGGAAAAGGAAACAGCACAAAGGAGGGAGGAGAAAGGCCACAAAGGAGUAGGGGAGAAGUGAGAAGGCAGGAGCCAGGAGAGGGGAAGAUCCUAAGGGACAGAAGGUGAUAGAGUGGAGAAGAAGCAAGAGGGGAGAGGGAAGCCAGGCACCUGGAGGGGGAUUCCCCGGACAGGGUGUGUGGCCAGAGGGCGGAGAGUAGAGGAGGCGGUCUAGGUCAUGUCCCACGGGAUAUACUACGAGUGUGAGCAGCGAGGAGGCCAACCACUUGAGUUCCCGGGGAGCCGAACUGGGCCAGGGGAGCUGGGAGACAUGUGUGACCACGAGGCCUCCAUUGACUUGUCCGCCUACAUUGAAUCCGGUGAAGAACAGCUCCUCUCUGAUCUCUUUGCUGUCAAACCUGAGCCUCGUGGCAUCAAGGGUCCUGGAACUCCGGCCUUCCCCCACUACCUCCCGCCAGACCCCAGGGCCUUCGUCUAUCCGACCCAUGCCUUUGGCCCUGACAGGAAGGGUCUCGGGCCCAAUUCCUACAGCCCCCCAGAGGGCUAUGAUCCCCGAGCGGUGUCUGUGAAAGAGGAGCCUCGGGGGCCAGAGGGCGGGAGAAGCUCUAGCAGAGGUGGCUACAACCCACUGCAGUACCAGGUGGCACACUGCGGUCAGACUGCCAUGCACCUGCCUCCAGGUCUGGGCGCACCCAACCAGCCCCUUCGGGUCCUCAAGGGUCCCCUGGCUGCCGCUGCUGCCCCUCCCUGCAGUCCUCUCCUCAAAGCUCCCUCUCCGGCUGGACCCCCCCAUAAGGGCAAGAAGGCGGUGAACAAGGACAGCCUGGAGUACCGGCUGCGGCGGGAGCGCAACAACAUCGCGGUCCGCAAAAGCCGGGACAAAGCCAAGCGGCGCAUCCAGGAGACGCAGCAAAAGGUGCUGGAGUACAUGGCCGAGAACGAGCGGCUCCGCAGCCGGGUGGACCAGCUCACCCAGGAGCUCGACACCUUAAGAAACCUCUUCCGCCAGAUCCCCGAAGCUGCCAGCCUCAUCAAGGGAGUAGGCUGUGGCUGAACUCCAGUGUUGAAGGGCAGAGGGGCGAUCCUCUCCCCCUCUGGCCCUAAGGGACUUCUCGACCUCCUAUAUCCCUAUGGAGAGGCCUUCCGCUCGCCCUGGGCUCUCUUCCCAUAUAUAGGAUAUGGUUGAUACCCUCAGACAGACAGACAAGGCAGACAGGCUGCUGAGGCAGCCCCAAGGCAUUUGGGCAGCACCCUGGGCAAGGUUUGGGAAUUGCACUUCACCCUGUACACUGAAAUAUGACAACCCUUGUCCUCAGAGGUUGGAAGCCUUCCCUGUAAUACAAAUGACUUAACUUACCGAAAAAUAAAUACUUACAUGCU